AAUAGAUUCGUGUUUCGUUCAAGAUCAAUAAACGCGAUUCGAAUCAGAACGAAAUCAAAGUUUGACGGAGAGUUGGUCGGUUGGUAACACUUGUUGCGUUGCAUUCCAUAUGAUAUUAUUGUGGUUUUUCCCCUGUUUGUUUAUGUAUCUGCUUGUUUGCAGUUUGUUGUCUUGUCAGUUUUCAGAUUGAGGAGAAAUCUGUUGAUUCUGUUUAGAAGCAGCAUCGUUUUACUACGUGCCAACGCCAGCCAGCAACGAAGAUACAGUGUAAACAAACUGAUUAUGGCGGAUUCCAGCUACUUCCUGAAGAUCCUGAAGGAGAAUGAGAAGCCUCGUAGCACUGAAUUCCUGCAGCAUAAGGAGCAGAGGUACGAAAGGCUCACCAACCAGUUCUACCUGGUGAUGACGAGCCAGUACUUCAGCAAGCACAAGGUGGCAGAGAAGCUGGCCCUCAAGAUUCUGCACCUUCUGGAGACAGAUGAGUACCCGGACGAGUAUUGCAGGGACUACAAGAUGCAGAAGAAGUACCUGUCAUAUCAUCUGUUCAUGGCACGCAACAGGCAAAACACCAGCAAGGCACCGGAGAAUUGCAACAUGGACAUGCACAUGGAGCAGCUGGAGAACUUCCUGCACUACAUCAACGUUCAGGAUUUUAAUGCUGCCACAAAGAUUGCCACAUCUGAGGUCAGCAAGAUAUUCAAAGAACCUGCACAAAACCAGGCCUACCAGAUUGGCAAGUACAAGUAUGCUGGCAACUGCAACAUCUACAUCAUGAUGUAUUACUUCAUGCACAUCCAAGUUAUGAAUGAAAUUAAGCAUGAUAUUUUAAUAGACUUGCAAGUAUACUUGGAGAAAUCCAUUCAACGAGACAUCCAUCUGCUGCCGCAAGCCUUCGUGCACUGUAUGCGAUCGGAAAUGCCGAGAUGCCACAGAUGCCUCGGUACGACGUACGAGUUCUGCCUGAACGCGUUCUACGUGUACUCCAUGAUCAAAUUAAACAGAGACAUGAGCAUAAACUUUGCAAAGUUCGACACGAUUCCUGCGAAGUGGAAUCAUUCGAUCUACUGCCCGAUUGACGAGGAAAGGGAGCCGGUGCCGCCGACCGUCAUACCUCUUCCCUACAAAUUGUACGCACCGUCGCCUUCCCUCGAUCUUUGCAGAGGUACCUUCAGCAAUGUCAUCGACACCGUCAUCAUCAAUCUGUGCAAACGAAGCGUUCUUUGCGUGAUGUGCAUGUGUUACAAGGAUUGGAGCAUCGACAGGAGCAGUGUGAUGUGGAAGAAAGUCGGUCAGCGUAGCACCACAUUCGACAUCAAGUCGAUCGAUAUCCUCCUACGUAUGGGCAACAAUCUGACGAUCAAGUUCAACAAGGAUCUGGGAACGGACGGAGAGGAGACCGGCGAGGAGAGGGUUGUAGAGGAGGCGGCGGUGGUCAAGACGAAAGUCGCGAAGCAGAGCAAAAAGAAGAAGAUGAUCAAUCAGAUCGUGCAGACGAAGAGUCCGCUCAAGGACUGUAGGAUCAAGCAGACGCAAACGUGCAUGGAGGAGUCUGUGAUCAAGGAUGACAAGAAGCUCCAGCAGCGAGUCAAGGCGCUGGAAUCGGAGAAAUCGAGGAUGCAGAAGGAGAUGAACGAUCUCAAGAAGAAGAUGGACAAGAUGAGCAUGAAAACGUCCGACAUCAACAACAAACUGCAAACGUCUCAGAAUGCCCUCAAAGCACGCGAAGAAGAGUUAAAAGGUUUUAAGCAAAAGGUGGAUAUACUGAUGAAUCUUAACUUGUCGAACGAGCAGAACGUCGCCAAAUGGUCGUACGACUACGAAAUACUGUGCACGAAAUACAACACGCUGCAGGUGUGCUCGCGGGAUUUAAAGACGCGGAAUCAGGAUCUGCAGGAGAGGUGCGACCGGCAGAAAGCGUACGUCCUGGAGAACAUGGCACUGCAGCAGGAGUUGAAGAAGACAAGGGAAGCUUGCGGUCGCAUAACCGGCGAAUUCCAAGUGCUCAGGGAACAUAUGAACCUACAGCAGAAUUACAUCUUGAAGAUAUGCAACAUGCUCAAAAUGUAUCUGUAUAACGUGCUGAGAUCGAUGUCGGACACGUUGCAAAGAUACGAGAGGAGAAGCUUGAUGAUAGUGAUGGAGUACGAGGCGGAAACUGCGACUGAAGAGGAUUUCAAGUUCAUGCAGCACAUGGGCGAGUUAAAAGAUAAAUUCAAAGAGUUCGAGAUCAAGUGCAAGACCCUCGAGGACCUGCUGAAUGCGAACAAGCUACUCGAGGUGGUCGAUCUGCUGAAGUUGCAGGACAUCGUUCGGAUCUUCGAGCAGUUCCCAAACAUUCUGUUCGAUGACAUGUCGAAAAUGAUAAUUUCGCUGUCCAAUAAGAACGCUCGGAUUCGCAAGCAUCAGGAAAUGGGUGCAUGCUGUUCACUAGAAGGAGGAGGCGAUCAGGUCAACUCAUGCGAACACAAAUCUGUGAACGAAGCGAACGAGUACACAGACGAGAACGGCAAGUACCAUUUGCUCUUCAUGCGUGUCAAGGACAACGUUUACAACGCCGAAAAUGACGACAUAAUAGUUCAAGCGCUGAAGGAGAUUCGCAGGAAGAAUAACAAUAGGAUGAGCUUCCUCACGUACGGACAGAUCGUGAACAGAGUCCAGCAACGUAUCGACGAUAGCGUCGAAGAAAACAGCUGCUGCAUUUGCUUUCACGGUUAUGACGAUAUUCCUAUACGAGUGCUCGUGUGCAACCACAAGUUCCAUAAACACUGCAUCGAGCAUUGGUUCGAAACCAACAACGUUUGUCCGAUUUGCCGUUCAGUCAUAUCACCUUAGGAUCGAUCUACAAGUAUAGAAAGAAGGCUUCGCUAAUUAUCUUGCAAAAUGCCUUUAUUUGUUCUAAUUAUGCCAAUGCUAAAUAAUAAACAAUGUACGCAAAUUGUAACGUUUCCCACUUCCCCGAAUCCGUGAUACACGAAAACUUUAAAUUUAAUUUU